GCAGCGUGUGAUAUCAUGUAGCACGUGUAUGCAGUGACUGUGAGACAGUAACCUACAUGUGAACGCGUGUUGCGUGCGUGUGUGUUGCGUGUGCCCGUGCGUGUGUUGUGAGAGAGGACAGAGAUGUUUUGCCAGUAAUUUCCAAGCUUCCCGAUGCGCUCAUUGGUGCAUCCUUCCAACGUGUCACCAGUUUUGGUGGAUUACCCCAGAUAUCUUUACCAUCAGGAGGGUGAAACAUCACUCAGCUCCUCUCUUCACGAGCUAUCAACAAGGACUUCUGACAUUUGGGAGACUUUUUUUUCGCAAAGAACAACUCAGAAGUGGAAGGACUUAAAGAUUUUUUUAUUGGUUGUCCACUUUAGAAGUCUAGACGUUUAUUAGUAACCUCAGCCCGAGUACAAAUACGCAGUUAUUUACUUCAAGAUCGAAGAUGGCCAUGUCUUUGUCACUCUCAGCGUUCCUCCUGUUGGCACCGUUGCUGUUUAAGGGUCUCUGGGUCAGUGGCUCCCCGGGCUGCGCGUCUUGCAGGUUGUCAGCGAUGGAUAAGGACGCAGAGGAAAGGAUGAUGAUAGAAUUCGCCAAGCAGCAACUUUUGGACAAACUGCACCUGAAAGAGAAACCAAACAUCACUCAUACAGUGCCCCGGGUCGCGCUCCUCACGGCGCUGCGCAAACUUCACUCGGGGCGCGUCAGACAGGAUGGUACCCUUGAACUAGAAAACAAUAUACCAACCAGAGAUCAAGGCUAUGAAAUAGUGAGCUUUGCAGAUAUAAAUGAUGCAAAGAGCCGUGACAAGGCAAGCCUUAGCCUUACCUUUCAGUUUCUGCAGGAACGUGGCCAAAGUAUCCAGGUCCUCCAGUCCUCUUUGUGGAUCUAUGCCCGUGCCUCUGAGGACCCACAACGGAACUCUCGUCUCCUUGCCCAGGUUUUUCUCUCCGCAGAUGGUGACAUCUCAGGCUCUAAUCGGACCUUGGUGAUGGAAAAGAUGUUGCACGUCAAGGAGAGUAACUGGCACACUUUCUCCGUCACCCACACCCUGCAAGCCUUCUUGGAUGGGGGCCAACAUCGGCUGCAGCUGGAGGUCACCUGUGAAGAAGACGGACAGAACCUUUGCUUCCUAGAUGGCUCUGCUGAAACCCCCUACCAGCCCUUCCUGGUGGCUCAGGUGCGUCUCCGUGAUGACCACUCCAAGCAUUUGCUCAGGAAGCGCUCAGUGCGUUGCGGUGACGAUGUAACAGUCUGCUGCAAGAGAGACUUCUACGUUAAGUUUAAAGACAUCCAGUGGGAUGAGUGGAUCAUUGCGCCUGAAGGCUAUCAUAUGAACUACUGCAUGGGACAUUGCCCCCAACAUCUGUCUGGUUCCCCGGGUAUAGCAUCCUCAUUCCAUGCUGCUGUCUUCAGCCAACUCAAAGUCAAUGGUAUUAACACAGCUACAGCCUCAUGCUGCGUUCCCACAGAGCGUCGACCACUCUCCAUGGUUUACUUCAACUCUCAGCACAGCAUUGUCAAAACAGAUGUCCCUGACAUGAUAGUGGAGACCUGUGGAUGCACAUAAAAAAUUGAGUAUUACUAUUAGCGGUAUAAUUAAUUAUUUUCUUGAGUGUGUUGUAGACAAGUUGACUUAAAGAAACACAAAUUUGACCAACUUUGGACAACCAACUUUUACACAGAGUACUUUAAAAUGAGAAAUGCCCACCCAAAAGACUUUUGAAUUAUCGACAGAGGAUGUUACUAGACUAUCUUUACAAAUACAAACAAGUUUGUUUUAUAGCAGUUACUAAAUAGAUGUGUUGUGUGUAUUUUUACAUAAACGUAUAAAAUUAAGACACUAGGUUUACAUUAAGAAAAUUAAAGGCACAAAAAAGACUAUUAUGAGUAUAUUAGUAUUAUGUUCUAAAAAAGAUAAGUAUAGUAUUGAUACAGUUUACUGCUUGUAGUAACUUUAUAAUUUAUUUGUAAACUCUUGUAGCCAGUAUUUAAAGAAUCUCAAAUGCAUUUCAGUGCCUAGAGGUGAGCAAAUACAUUAAGUCUGGGUGCUGAUACAUUUAUUCUUUUAUACGUCAGAGACAAAAAUCAAAGAGCAGCACUAAAAUAUGAAAGACUCAGUAAAAAUAAAUAAUAAUAAAGUUUAGAUUUCAAUGCAAAAAGUACAGUAAGUACAAAAGUACAGUAAUGAUAUCAGGUUCCAUUUUUCAAACUUAUAUAAACCCAUAAAGUCUUGCAUGAAUUAAUUUUCACUUUCGUCAUUUGUACCUUACAACUUUUACUUUUCACAUGCUGCUGGGAUGAAGUUCAAAGAUGCACUAAAUUUCUUUCCUAAUUCAUUGUAUGUUUUAUAGUCUGUUUUGUGUUAUAAUCAGUGUCCACAUGUAAAAAUAUAUAUAUAUUCUAUAUACUUUCAUUUUUACAUAACUAUUUUUUUCAUUGCAAAUCUUCAUCCACCUAAAUGCUGCUGUUUUACAGAAAUGCUUUCUAAACAAUGAAAAAUGUUUAAAGCGUGCCUUUUUCUUUAACUUCUGAUGACAUUAAAACAAAUACAUUUACAUUCCACAAAUACUUUGAUCACAUUGUGAGGCAGCAAGGAGAACAAGUUUUUGUUACAAUGCAAGAAAUCUGGACUGAUUUCUGUCAAAGGGUACCCCAUCCUGCAUGCAGCUGGAAUAUGUUUAAUCAGCAUCUCCACUGUAUUAUUUACACAAGCUGGCUUAUCAUUUGGGUAACUGUGGCUCUAACAGCAUAUGCACCCAAGGUUAUUCUCAGCAAUGUGAGCAAACAUUUAGCUAUUGCUUCAGUGUCAGGUAAUGUGAAGGUCUGGAGGGUAGGUGGGUCAGUGAGCAUGUGCUGCUGCACGCUGGCAUUUUUAGCUCUCAAAGUCUAAAGUUUUCAGGGGUGAUGCAAAAUUUCGUGCUUUCCAGGUGGAGGCAGUCUAGUUUCUUUCAUAUGCUGGAAAUAUCGUACACAUGUCCCAGUAGCAUAAUUUACGCUUCAUAAUUUCACAAUCUAGAAUUCAAUUUUGUCUUGAUAAUGUUUGCGCAGCUGUAUAGUUUUAACUGUAUAGCAGGAUGUCUAUCGAAACAUUACCAAGUAAAGCAAAUGUAUACCUAUUUCCAUAGUAAAAUCACUUCACAGUUUAAAUUUGGUGGGAAACGGUGCAAACUGAGAUCUACUCAAGGAAGGGAAAAAUGAAAACAGCAGUACAACAACGAGAAAGCAAAGGAGCUCAGCAAUAGAUUCUUUUUUUAAGUUUCCCCAACUUUGAAUCUGGAAGAGUGUUAAUAAAUUAAUAUCUAUCAAUACAUCACAUUUUUAUUUUUAGAGAUGAGACCCAGGGUUUCUCCACUUCUACCUGUAUUAACACUGUGUUCCUCUUGACUGUAUUGAUAUACUGUAUGUCUUACGGACUUGGAUUUCACUGCCAUAAUGCAAAGGAAACAAUUGAAACAGUGCAUGGGGGAAUUUUUUUACCAAAGACCAUAAAAACCUUUUAUUUUAUUUUUGUGCUGAUAUUUGAUAAACUAUUUUCACCUCUCUCUCUCUCUUGCCUCUAUGAGCUGCUCUUGUAUUAAAGCAAUUUACACCUGUGUGAAAUAAUUAUAAAACUGUUGUAUUUUAAUAUUAUGAUUUAUAUUGUAGGCACUUCUUGUCCAAGACUCAAUGUGACAUUGAAGUGCCAUUGCAACAUAUUUUAUUAAGCACUUUAUCACCCUACUGUAUUUUAGAGUGUGCUGACAGGUCUAUUACUGUACUUAAUGCGUCAGGUUGGCAUUACCUGAAAUACCUAAAA